UCCCGCUUCCUCUCCUCCUCCGCAGCUCUCGUAACCUCACCUUCUCCACUCUCUCUGCCUCAUCCCGCCGGUGAUGACGGCGCCGCUGCCACGCAGUUGCUCUCCGUCUCCUGGAACCAGGACUACGGCUGCUUCGCCGCCGCAACCACCUCCGGCUUCCGGGUUUACAGCUGCGAGCCUUUCAACGAGACCUUCCGCCGGGACAUCCGGGGCGGCGGGUUCAGGAUCGUCGAGAUGCUGUUCUGCAGCAACAUCCUGGCCCUCGUCGGCAGCGAAUCCAACUCCCAGUCCCCGCCCAGCAGGGUCCUCAUUUGGGACGAUCACCAGAGCCGCUUCAUUGGCGAGUUCUCCUUCAGGUCGCAGGUCCGCGCCGUGAGGUUGAGCCGGGAUCGGAUUGUCGUGGUGCUCGAGCACAAGAUCUAUGUCUACGAUUUCGCGGAUCUGAAGCUGCUUCAUCAGAUCGAGACGUUGGCGAACCCUAGAGGGCUCUGCUGCCUGUCUCAUCACCCCAACACGUCCGUGUUGGCUUUGCCCGGGCUGUACCGUGGGCAGUUUCGAAUUGAGCAUUUUGGGUUGAAUCUGGUGAAGUUGGUUAAUGCUCAUGAUAAUCAUAUUGCUUGCCUCGCAAUUACCAUGGAUGGCCUGCUUCCUGCUACUGCUAGCACCAAGGGCACCUUAAUCAGAUUCAACCAAGGGCACCUUGAAGGAGGCGGAUGGAUUUGUCUUCGAUUAAUUGGUGGGUUGGGUCAGUUCUAUUUUAGUUCGCGGGUUUGGUCUGGUUUGGGUAGAGGUUUUGUUAGGUUUAGCUGA